AUGGGGCAGAGUAGUCGAGGUCGGGCCGAAUUUCGAGUUCCGGGAGCGAAGGGUUGCGACGGGCUGGGAUCCGAGGGGAUUGAAGGGCGGCAGGGGUACGGUACUUCGGCAUUGGCCGUCGAGUCCCUCCGCGCCGGGAAACCGUUCGGCGGGCGGACGGACGGACGGACGGCCGGCCCUCACGCACAAGACCGGCAGAGUGGCGGCGGGAGCGCGGGCGGGGCGGGGCGGGACGUGCGCGCUCCCCCCUACCGAACGCGCUCGAUUGCCACCUCUUCGCGCAUGCGGGGUAGUCCGUUCCUUCCCCAGGCGCCUGCGUGGUGGGAGCGCCGAGCCCCGGGGAGUCGGCGCCUGCGCAGUGGGCGCUCCCUUGACAGGUUCGGGGCGGGUAUGGCGGCCCCGUGGCUGGCCCCGGGGUGGCAGGCGCUGCCCUCGGUCGUGCUGGGCGCCCUGGACGCAAUGGGGAGGGAGUUCUGGCAGGAGUGGGAAACGCAGGACAUGCGGGUGACCCUCUUCAAGCUGCUGCUGCUGUGGCUAGUGCUCAGUCUCGUGGGGAUCCAGCUGAGCUGGGGGGUCUACGGGGGCAUCGUGACCGGCCUGUACCACCGCCCAGGGAAGCCUCCGAAAACGAAUCUCUCAAAACCCAUCGAGAAUGACCAACGGGUGGGCGAGCAGCCCGCGCUUCCGCUCCCAGGAGUCACCUGCCCGACGAAUUCUGGAAAGGCUCUCUAGGAUGGAUCGAUGGACUUCUGCCAUCCUCUGCUUGCCCCACCUGCCUCAUGGGCAUAUGGACCUUGCUUAGUUCCGUGAUGCUGGAAACCAUAGAUAUUUGCUGGCUUGUGGUGUGCAUCUGGGGGAAUAGGAGUGAUGAGAUAGUGUGGGAGGAAAGUGGCCGGAGCAGCCUUGUUCUAAGAGGGGUCUCCUGGGUUUCUCCCUCAGGCUCCUUUUUUUUUAAAAAAACAACAACCUUUUUCCCCCCAAUGAGAAGAACAAGUUGUCUCAGGGCAGAUCGUGACCAUGCGGAAGAUGCUUAAUGUGCUUACCGCUAGGCCUUACCAUCAUCCCUCCUUUACUUGAUGCCGUUAAGGAGGGGAUGUUCUGUUUGAGGCUAGGGGGCUGCCCCAAGGAGUCACCACUUUCACAACGCUUAACCAUCCUCCUAAACUGAAUGACCCCUUCUAAUACAUGCCCUGACCACAGCCUGCCGGGUCUGGUCACGGGGGACCAAUUUUUGCUCCCCUGGUGGCAGUCAUCCUAGACCUGACCCCGACCUCCACCCCCCGCCAAAUAAUGGAGCAGGGAGGGAAUACUGUUGGAAAGGUCCACGAGCCCAGUGCUCUUUAUCUUUCCGUCCCAAUUCUGCCCCGUUCAGGGAAAGAAAUAGUCUGAGUAAUCUAAUGAGUAAUGUAACAUUACUAUUGCUGUAACAGAUAUUUAAAGGAAAAUAUUUACCCCAAAAUGCUGAUGCUAGUCUGUCUUUAUAGCAGAUGUUCUCUGCGCCCUGCCGCAGACUUCAGGCAUGUUGAAAGGUGCUUCGGGGCUUCCUUGCCGUCUGCCCAUCUCCACUACUGCAGUGUGCCUUAGAAAGAGACCAUGCACAGCCCUGUGUUCACUGACAAAAUUGUCUCCUUUAGAAGCCUGGAGAUAAAGGAAUGGUGCUGGUAUUGGUGUUUGGCAAUUGAGAGAGAGAGAAAGAGUGUUAUUACCAUUUUCCAAUGGGAACUAAUGAGGUGAGAACAAACCAGACAGUCCUAAACACAGGACUGAGGAGUACCGUUUGGUGACUUGUGCAGGAAUAUUGGGGGCAGAGAGGAUGAGCACUGCAACUCUUCCCACCUUGUGAACCUCAGCCAAGUAUCAUGACUCCUCCAUUCUGCUCAAUGGGGAUGAGCAGCAGGAGUGCAACUUUUUUUUUUCCAUUCCGAGUGCAGGGGCAAAUCUGAGGCAUAGUGAUCUGGGGACAAGGCUCUGAGAGGUAAAUGCAUCACUCUCCCCCUCUUUCUCUCCCUCCUCCUGCCUCCCUUCCUUCAGACUCUUGUGGGGAUUCAAAACCCUCUUAGCUGGACCUGUUGUGGGGCAGAUGAGAAAAGCACACAACCUGGCGGUACCAGUGUCCAGUGGAGGGUGAGGGAGCCCUCUGUUAGCUACCAGAUGACCAACUGCAAAGUCCAGAGUGGGUGAACAGAGCCCAUAUCUGGCUUUGGGUAUGGGCGGGGAAACAGGAGGAGCCCCUGGACCACUUGCCAGACGGCAUGGCUAGGGAGCUCAUGCGACCACCAACGGAAGGAGGGGUGAGAUAGGCUCCAAACUCGCUUCCAGAGCCCCUGCCGGACUCCAGGGCUGAGAGGAGCCUCUGACACAGUCCUAGAGCUUGGAAGGGGAAAAAGGAAUGCUACUGUAGGGAUUUAGGGGCCAGGUUGGGAGCGGCUCCUGGCCAGCUCUCUCUAGACUGGAAACUCUUUGUGGGCAGGGAUCGAGUCUAUCAGUUCUGUUCUAUUGUAUUUUCCCAAGUGCUUAGUACAGUGUCCUAUGCACAGUAAGUGCUCAAUGGAUACCACUGACUGAAGAAUGUGGAGCCACCAUCUUGGCUCUACUUCAGGCCUCCAUCUAGCUACAAGGCAAAGCGUGCUAGUUUGUGAGUGACCAAAAAGCUGUGGGAAUGAAGCUUAUGGUGCUGUGACUCAUCUCGUGGGGAUGUCACCCCUUUGUCCCUGGUGCCCUUGAAGGACAAGCCGAGUUGCAGGUACCGGCUACUGCUACGCGUCCUUUUGAAUCCUUGCUGCCAGUUCAGUUCAGCAGUGGCUUGUCAAAGCCCGAAGAGUGGGCUGUGGAACAUGAGCAGUGGGUACAUUGACCGUUAGGGCAAAGGACCUUUGCUGUGUGCUAAUAAAUGGUAUUCUUGUCCCCUCUGUAGGUGACAACUGGCAGGGAGAGGCUGCCUCAACUGAAAGUGAGGACCCUAAUCUGUGUAGUGCAUGAGGCAAAUAACUGUUUCCUAAAUGUCUCCUAACUUCAUGGUCUCUCCUAGGGAAAGAGGAGGGACCGUGAAGUUAGGAAACAGUUCGUUUCCCUAGGAGAGUGAUAAAUUGUUUAGCUCAUCUUCCGGAAAGGAGACUGAUCAAUAAGAUAGAGGGAAGUUAAAUGAUCCUAACCAAAUACUACAUUGCCCACCAGUGUCCGAGGCAAUGUUAUUCCUAGGUUGGGCUCUGCACAGCCAGUAUUGGGUAGGUAGGGUCCAAGAUAGCAGCCAUCAAGGUUUGUCAGGCAAAGCAAAUAAGUCAUUUGUGACUUGAAAAAAAUUCUCUCCACCCCUUGUGAGCCAGUCAAAGCCUCAUGCUGAGUCGGGCAGAAAAGAACACAGCAGUCUUCACGUCUAUUUUUCCCCUGCCCCAUAUUGCAGAGAGAUGUUCCAACAUUUAUUGAGUCUUCCCACCGGCAACGGGGCCCUAACGAGGAUGCGUGACUCAUGUCAUGGCAGUGGGCAGCAGCAGCAGCCUCACAACAGAUGGUGUUGGACUUUAUAUUUCCAAUUUUUAUUAGCUGUGGCCCACAGUGAUUCGUAAAGCGGAAGGCCAGUGUCGACGUGCAUGACUGCAUUAAAACGCUACUUCUAUUAAAUGAAUGUUUGGAGGAAAAACAUGACGUGGUCUAAUGGAAAUAGCACGGGUUUGGAGAUCAGGAAGCCUAGGUUCCAGCCCCAGGUCUACCAUCGACCAGCUGCAUGACCUCGGGUAAAUCCCUUAGGUUUUUCUGUGCCUCAGCUUCUCCCACUGUAAAAUGGGGAAUGAUGCCGCCUGUCGCCUCCCUACCUCACAGGUGGGGAGUGAGGACAAAAUAAGAACCGGUGUGAAAGUACUUCGAUGGAAAUACUUCGAGUAUUUUGUACAGGAGCCCCAUGUGGUCUCGGACAUUAAGGAAUGGACUGAGGAUUGUGGCCUUGGAAGGAUCAAAAGGAAGUUGGGAAGUAAAAGACAAGGUGAAGGGAAAGGCUUGUGUGUAUGGUGUAGUGGAUAGAGCACGGGCCUGGGAUUCAGAAGGCCGUGGGUUCUAAUUCCGGCUCUGUCACUUGUCUGCUGUAUGACCUUGGGCAAAUCACUUCACUUCUCUGUGCCUCAGUUCCCUCAUCUGGAAAAUGGGGAUCAAGACUGUGAGCCCGAUGUGGAUGGGGACUGUGUCCAACCCAAUUUGCUUGUAUCUACCCCAGUGCUUAUUACAGUGCCUGGCACAGAGUAAGUGCUUAACAAAUAACACAGUUGUUAUUAUUAUUAUUAUUAUUAUUAUGCACACCUGUCAGGAAGAAUCACUUCAUCCUUAUCUGAAGGAUGUCAUAGGAACACUGAACCUAGAGUGCCACCCUGGGAAAAUAUAGGUGGGACCCCAGGUUAGACUUAGCAUUUCAGUGGCAAAGCGUUUUGAGCCAUUUUAGCUCACCUCUUAAUAAUGGCAUUUCAUUCCUCGCUAAUAUCGGAUCGUGUAUUACAAUUUCAGACUUGUACUUGUCCAUUCAUCGAGUGAUAUGAUUCAAUAAAACCUAUCACAAGUUUCUGGCA